GCUGUAGGAGGCUGCUGCCUCUUCUUGUACAGCCCCGGCAGCCCUGCCUUCUUGGCUGCAGAGUAUAUUCAGGGAUUUCCCCUUAAUAAUCACCGACCCUGGGAGCACUUUUUAGUUUCCAAAAUAAAAAUAUGAUCCUCACCCCUCUUGCUUGACAGGGAAAGGCUCUCGCCAGAGCCCAGGGGGGAGCAGUAGCAGCGGCAGCCGAGCUUCCUAGUCCAUUGCCAGCGCCUCUCACUCUGAUCUGUCAGCCCAGCCGAGGGAACAGGGGGGAAGGAGAAAAAAAAAAGCAGCUGAAAGACAAUCUGCUUCAUCUUGAUUCUGCGGCAUUCCAAACUGUGGUAUCCUUGGGGGUUCUCUUAACAUUGCUAUGGUGCAGAAGAUUUAAAAUCAGCUGAUGUUCACAAGGAAUAGAGUCACGUGAUGUAUGAAGGGAAACAUAUACACUUCUCUGAGGUUGACAAUAAGCCCUUGUGCUCAUAUAGCCCCAAACUGUGCAAGCAGAGGCGACUCAACGGCUACGCCUUCUGUAUCAGACACGUUCUGGAGGACAAGACUGCCCCCUUCAAGCAAUGUGAAUAUGUGGCCAAGUAUAACAGCCAACGCUGCACCAACCCCAUCCCCAAAUCAGAGGAUCGUAGGUACUGCAACAGCCACUUGCAGGUACUUGGCUUUAUCCCGAAAAAAGAGAGGAAGAAAAAGAAUGAUCCUAUAGAUGAGGUGAAGGUCAGGCACCAGAUGGAUACCAUGGCCUUUAGCCUGACAGUGCCCACGUUGGCCUUGAAGAUGCCCAACGGACUGGAUGGAAUGUCCCUCUCUCCACCUGGGGCAAGGGUCCCUCUCCACUACCUGGAAACUGAAUUGGAAGACCCAUUUGCUUUCAACGAGGAAGAUGAUGACCUAAAGAAAGGGGCAACUGUGAGAAAGAAGUUGCAGAGCAAGUUGGCCCAGAAUCGGCAGCGCCAGAGAGAGACAGAGAUUUUAAAAGUUCGACAAGAGCACUUUAGUCCCCCUCCUGCACCUUCACAGCAGCAGCCUCCGCAGCAGCACUCCCACCUGUCACCUUUAUCCACUUCUUUAAAACCUCCAGCGCCACCGCAGGGUUCAGUCUGCAAGUCACCUCAACCUCAGAACACCAGCCUACCAAUGCAGGGAGUGGCACCCACCACACACACUAUAGCACAAGCACGGCAGUUGUCUCACAAGAGGCCUCUGCCCCUCCUGCCAUCCAGUAGGGCUCCCACUGUGGACCCACCCAGGACUGACCGGAUCCUCAUGAAAGCCACAGCCUUCUCUCCACACUUCUCAUGUAUAAGCCGACUGCAGAGACUGGUGAAACUGUGCACCCAGAAACAUCAGUUGGACACUGAUCUGUUUCCCCAUUUAGGGUUGGACUGGUCUGAAGAGAGCGGAGAGGAACCAGAGGACUCAGAGCAGGCCUCGCCCUACCAGGUUGCGUGGUCCAUCCGGGAAACCCUCAGAUAUCAAAGACAUGCGUCAGAUGAUGAUGAUGCGGAGAGUAGGAGCUCCAGGGUGACCCAACUUUGCACUUACUUUCAGCAGAAAUAUAAGCACCUCUGCCGCCUGGAGCGGGCAGAAUCUCGUCAAAAGAAAUGCCGGCAUACGUUUAGGAAAGCUUUGCUGCAGGCGGCCAGUAAAGAACCAGAAUGCACUGGUCAGUUAAUACAAGAACUGCGGAGAGCUGCAUGCAGUCGAACCAGCAUAAGCCGGACCAAGCUGAGGGAGGUGGAACCAGCAGCAUGCAGUGGAACCGUGAAGGGUGAACAGUGCGCUAACAAAGCCCUUCCAUUCACCAGACAUUGUUUCCAACAUAUCCUCUUGAACCACUCUCAGCAGCUCUUCUCAAGUUGCACAGCCAAGUUUGCAGAUGGACAGCAGUGCUCUGUGCCAGUUUUUGACAUUACACAUCAGACACCUCUGUGUGAAGAACAUGCCAAAAAAAUGGAUAAUUUCUUGAGAGGAGAUAACUCCCGUAAAGUUCAGCACCAGCAGCAGAGGAAACCCAGGAAAAAAACUAAGCCUCCUGCACUAACCAAAAAACACAAGAAGAAGAGAAGGCGUGGACCUCGUCGACCCCAAAAACCCAUUCCGCCUGCAGUCCCCCAAGGGAACCUCAGCAUGCCCGCCAGCGUCUCACUGCCAGUGGAGGCCUCUCAGAUCCGGUCAGUGGUGGCCUCUCAGAUCCGGAGCCCAUCCACACCAGAGCUGAGUGCUGAUGAGUUGCCGGAUGACAUUGCCAAUGAGAUCACUGACAUUCCACAUGACUUGGAAUUGAACCAGGAGGACUUUUCAGAUGUCCUGCCACGGCUACCUGAUGACUUACAAGAUUUUGAUUUUUUUGAAGGGAAGAAUGGAGACCUCCUCCCAACUACCGAAGAGGCUGAGGAGCUUGAACGGGCCUUGCAGGCUGUAACUUCUCUCGAGUGCCUGAGUACCAUUGGGGUCCUUGCCCAGUCAGAUGGUGUGCCAGUCCAGGAGUUGUCAGAUAGAGGAAUAGGGGUGUUCUCCACAGGUACUGGAGCUUCAGGAAUACAAUCCUUGAGCCGAGAGGUGAACACAGACCUAGGGGAGCUAUUGAAUGGGCGUAUAGUACAUGAUAAUUUUUCUAGUCUAGAGCUGGAUGAGAACCUGCUCCGUUCUGCUACCUUGUCAAACCCACCUACACCCCUGGCAGGGCAGAUCCAGGGGCAGUUCUCUGCCCCAGCCAACGUUGGCCUUACUUCUGCCACUCUGAUCAGCCAGAGUGCACUUGGGGAGAGAGCCUUCCCAGGACAGUUUCAUGGACUUCAUGACGGCAGCCAUGCCUCCCAGAGGCCACAUCCUGCCCAGCUGCUGAGCAAGGCAGAUGACCUAAUCACCUCACGACAGCAAUACAGCAGUGAUCACUCACACUCCUCACCCCAUGGAAGCCAUUAUGAUAGUGAGCAUGUGCCGUCUCCCUACAGUGACCAUAUCACCUCUCCCCACACAACAUCGUACUCUGGUGAUAAUAUGGCAGCUACCUUUUCAGCAGAGAUGCCCAUCAUGGCGCAGCACUUGCUCCCAACCCAACUUGAGGUGCCACUUGGAGGCGUGGUAAACCCCAGAACUCACUGGGGCAAUCUCCCCGUCAACCUUGGAGACCCUUCUCCAUUUAGCAACCUUCUCGGCGCAGAUGGUCAUCUUCUUUCCACUUCCCUAUCCACGCCACCCACCACUUCGAACUCAGAGACCACACAGCCUGCCUUCGCCACCGUGACCCCCAGCAGCUCCAGUGUGCUUCCGGGGUUACCACAGACCAGCUUCAGUGGCAUGGGGCCUUCUGCUGAACUAAUGGCCUCCACCUCUCCCAAGCAGCAACUCCCUCAGUUCAGCGCAGCCUUUGGCCACCAGCUGAGUUCUCACAGUGGCAUUCCUAAGGACCUGCAGCCCAGCCACAGCUCUAUAGCCCCUCCUACAGGCUUCACAGUAACAGGUGCCACAGCUACAAGUACCAAUAAUGCAUCUUCUCCCUUUCCCUCCCCUAACUGAGGGUGUCUGUGUUUGCAGGCAGGUGGGGAACCCAGUGUUUUCUAUCUUUGUUUUCUCUUUAGCACCCCUCUCCCCUUUUCCUAAAGAAGAUAUAACAGAUGGGGAUCAGAGGGGCACCCCCCCCCCUUCCCAGUUCAAUGAGUGGCCCUGCAGUGGACCUCGCUACAGUGUUCACAUGUGCUCCUUAGCACUGGUGCUCAUUCCCUCCUGGCAGGCCCACUCCGCCCCAGUGGUUUCCUUAGUGGUUCAGCACAGUGACUGGAUAGGAUUGACUUUUAGCAGCAAGUCCUAGAAGUGGAAGAUACCUCAGAAUACCAGUGCCCUUUACUAUUUCCUAGUAUUCAGAUCAAUGCUUUCCAUUCUAUUGCCAGGUUUUUACAUAGGUGGUUCUAGAUAGAAUGAUCUUGUUAAUUGAGUUCCUGUAUAAGAGACAGCAAAUGGUGUGUGGCAGGUCAAGACUCUGACCUAGCACCAACUGCUAAACACCACAGUGAGGCCAGGAUUCCAUUCGUAAUUGUGAUCAUGUUUAACUAAAAGAAAAAAAUGUGUCUUUUGACUGCCUGUGAGUAUGCGUGUGCCCACGCGUGUGUUUUUGUGCAGUGCAGGAAGCAGCUGUCCCAUUAGUUUGGUUUUUUUUUUGUUUGUUCCCCCCACCCCAAUGAGUAUAAGACUCUUACUUUUCUCCUCUCCUACAUCUCACAAUCCUAAUAAGCUUGGUCCUUCUUCUCCUCAAGUUUCCUGAAUAGGGAGGGUGGUGGGCUGGUCGUGUGAGUAGCACAACCUUUUUCUGCUAAAAGUUAGCCCAAGAAGAAACAGAACAUAGGAAGCUUGGAUUCCCGUCAGUGAGGCAGGGAUGUCCUGAAAAGCUUGCCUGGGAUGACUGCACGCUGCCAGGGUUCUGGGGCCUGAUGGUCACUUUGUCUUUUCAGACAUAUGUUUGUUUCUAAAUCCCUCUCUCAUGGAAUACAUUUGCAAGAUGUAAUUAAAGAAAAUAUUUUGAUGUGAAAAAGCAGGAUAGGUCAGAUAGAUUUGAAAAGAUGGGAUCUGUGAACUCCUUGAUCCAUCUUUUGCUUUUGAAUUUUUCAUGUUUACAGUAGUGAUUCUUUGGUAAGAUUUGUAAAAUGUUGAAGACACUUGUAGAAUCAGUGUACCAGUUGUGAAGUGAUGUGUAAUAUCUGAAGGAUACACAUUUUAAAGUUUCUUUCAAAGCAGAAUAUGGAAAUUAGAUAUAAAUUUUAUUCGCCCUUCGGUCCUUUUAAAAUAAUUUAAGUACUUGGGUUUAAGUAAAUUUGAAAAUAGUUUUGGGAAAUGUUUUUAAAAUACCAGGAUUUUAGGGAUUAAAAAUCACAUGGGGUAGUUUAGGAAGUUCGUGACUAUGAAAUGAAUUUGUGAGGUUUCUUGCCUAUCUUUUUUUUCCCCCCAGAGAAGGGUGGAACUAGAUUUUAAAGGCAUCUCUACUCUGCUUUUGCUGAGUAGUUUCACUGUCCCUUGAGAUACCAUUGGCUAUUUAUACCUGAGUCUAGUCUAAUUCACAUAUAUAUAUAUUUUAAAAGUUAAGUAGAGAGAACAUACCUAUUGAUGUGGUUCAAUAACUCAUUUGUCAGGGAAUAUUUGAUCUUAAUUCCUUUCUAAUAGGUAACGAUUGGAUGUAUUUUCCUACUUCCUGUAUGUAAUCUCUUUAUGCCAUGCUAGUUCUAACCAGUCCCUUCUUUUGAAAGCUUUUCUUUCUCUGCUUUUUAAAGGAAUGAUGGUGAUCAGCAGGCAUUAUGCAGAUACCACGUGCCUGAGGUUAUGGAGGGGAAAUGUCACAUGACUGUAUGAAAUCAUUAUAUGCCCUAUUUUGUAUUUAUUGAUGUUUCUUUUUGUGGGCCAAAAAUAUGUUUGUAAUAUAUUUAGUUUUUUUAAAAUCAUGGUAAUUGAUUGGAAGAUUUAUUUUUAAUAGCUUUGCCUUUUUUGCAGAGUGCAAAAUUUCUAAAUUAUAACUUAUGUCAUAAAGCAAAAUUAUAUUUGGUAUCACCAUAAAUUUCUAUUCUGAAUGGUGAGAACAGAUAAUUUGAAUAUUUCUCACCUGUGAAUCUAUAUUAGUAAGCUUUUUUAUUUUAAUGUACUGUAAUGAAGUGGUCACGAGUAGUUACCUCUGCUCAAAAAUGUCAUUUAGUUUGUUAAACUAUUUUCACAACCAUCAUAAGCAUCACUAGAUAACUGUCCAUUCCCAGCAGUUCGGUUUAGUCUCCAUUGUGUAUUUAAAGAUUGUCGCAGAGCAGUACAUUGACUUCCUCAUCAGCCCUUUGACAAGGAAGGGAAAGUCGUGGGUAGUCGAUUUGAACUUUUUCUGUCUAUUUGUCCCUCAUGUUAGCUGCUUGAAAUUCUUUAGUUAUGAUACAAAGCUGAGUUUGCAGUAAGUUGCACAUUUUAUUGUUUGCAAUUUUCUGUUUUAUGUGCAUUUAAAAGCCCUUCUCUGCUUUCUAGUAAGGAGGCAUGAAAUUAUCAGGAAUGUUGCUAGUUACAGCUUCACACCAAAAACUUUGAGUAAAUACAUUUUCGUUUGGAUGCCCAUGAUGAAAGCUGAGGAAAGUGGUUGAGGAAUUAUCAACAACAGACUUUUCCUCUAUUUUAUCUAGUUCAAAACAGAUAUCAAAGUUUGCAAUUUGCUUUGCCCUUGCUGUUUCUUAUGAGUCCCUUUUUGGAAGAGAGGAGAACAUCUAUAAGCCCAGAGAGAUCUGUGUUUUUCUUUUACUUAAUAGAGCCAUUCUUGUCUAUUAGUAGUAACUUUGCUAUUAAUAUGUAUAGAAAGGAAUGAAGUGUCUUUUACUCCAGGAAUAUGAAAAUGAGUAUCUUUUAAAAUAGCACUUAUGCUAUCACAAGGCAAUACUGGAAUCAAAAACAAAUCUUAUAUAAGGUCCUAAAUAGGUAGAAACUAGCUUUUACUCUAGUGUUGAACCCAGGAGAAAUAGUGGCAAAGAAGUUUCACUCUGUUUCUGCAGUUCUUUGGGACUAUUUAUAAAGGCCAGUUAGAUUGUGUUACUGUGAUUUAAUUUACAAAGUUGCUGCAGUUAAUGGAUACAUUCUGUGCUCUGAGAAUCUGAAUUCCAUUCUAAUGUGUGAUAUUCACUGGCUGUGAUCAGUAGCAUCUGAAGAAAAGAUGGGCUUUUUCUCCUUUACUCUCUCUACAUAAUUAUUAAUAUUAUUUUAAUUAAAGUACUUAAGACAUUGUUUUUUCUUCUGUAAAAAUGGCUUAGCAAUUUGCACAUCUGGGUAGGUUAUGUAGCUAGUAAACAACUCAUAAUAGUAAGUAGCAAUUAUACUUAACCCACCAAGUGACAGACUAUGCAAUGGAAAAAUUUUCUAAUUAUCAUCACAUAACUUAGACAGGAAAGGAUUAUUUUCUCUGGUGACCUACCAUGUGUGAUAUAACUGCUUUAUAAAUGACUUCCUGAGCAAUUUCAUGUUGGCAGGCAGUGUGGUGUGUCUAGUGUCCCUCUGUGAGAAGACUAUAAUUUAAUCAGAAACAAAUAGUAGGCAUGAGGAGCAAGUUGGAAAGUGAGGUUAUUAUUUUUUUUCCUCAAAAUUGGUGUUACUGUCUUUAGUGGCUUAAGGCUAAAGAAAGCUGAUACUUUAUCUUUGCCAAAUAAUUAUUUAUAAGAUUUAUUUUUAAAUAAGCCCAAUCUCUCACCUGAAAGUUAAGAAUCAUCAUUUUCUGUGACUGACACUAAAGCUCUUCCUUAUCAGAGAUUGUUCUCAAUCUGUGAUCACAGUCCACAGUGGCAAAGACAGCUCUUUGAUUAGGAAGGAAAUCACGUUUGGGAUGCACAGAGGCGCCCUGUCCAUAGAGUUUUCUUCUUGCAUGAAAGAAUUGACCUUUCUGUUGACCUAUACCAUUCUGUUUUUAUAAAGUGGGAUUAGAAUUUGAGCAUAUCUAGUAAAUGCCGUGUGGUCAGUCCGCUGAUGCUUGCCCACCGUCUUUGCCGUGCCUUGGCAUCCUAGGGGUGCUGGUGAUGGUCAGUGGGCAUCCUCAGUCAGCAGUGCACGUGUAAGGCAAUCUCCUCUCCUCCAGGUUAGUUCAGAAGGUCGCUAUGUGUUGGUAUUGCAAAAAGAUGAGUAUAUUAACACUAAACUUAUUAAGAGGUUUGAAAUUCAUUAAAAAUUAGUUUUCAGUUUCUUCAUCUUUCUUUUCAGACUUCUUUUAAAAUUCUGUUUGUAAUCUGGUAUAUAUAGAAAUCUAAUAUUAUGAUCUUCUAAAUGGUCAACAGAACUCUCCAGUUUAAUGAGGCAAUUUAGAGGAUUCCUUGAAAGAAAAUUUAGUCAUAGUGAACAGUCCUCAUUUGUAUCUCUUUUAUUACCAGUAUUUACAUUGUUCCAAGGAUUUUUUUCCUGACAAAAAAUAUAUUUCUCGGGGGUGGAGAGUUUUAUAUAUAUAUAUGAAAGAACACAGAUGUUUCCCCUCUCCCAAUACAUUAACUGAAUCUUCACUGGCAUUCUGUAGAAAAGUUAAAGAGUUUAAUAAUGUCUUAACAUCUUUAUAAAUUUUCCUAUAUUCUGGAGGAAACCAGAAUCAUGUUUAGUAGAUUAAAGUAACAUUUUAAAUACUACCUUUCCAAUAAUUUGUAAUAAAAUACCAGUGAAGGACAUGUUUUGAUAUCUGUUAAGCAUUUCUCCCUGACUAAUGAAUUAGGAAAGAAAACAUAAAACAUAAAUGAAUAGUUAUGUCUCUUCUAAUAAACAGUGUCAUUAAUGCUGCAGUUGUAGGUCAAAUUUAGGGAGCCUUAUUUCUAAAUAGCAAAUAUUCUGUUUUCACUUCAGCCCUUAUUUUUUUGUUAGUUUUUCUCUGCACUGUGAUACAGAGCUAAUAAGAGGAAAUGUGACGUUUCAGAGAGAGAGCAAGCAAAUUGGGUAUGACUUUUUUUUAACCCUAUGUUCCCCAAUACUGGGGAUGUUUGGCUACUUUGAACAGCAGUUUUUAGUGAUCUAAAGUUUAGAACAAUACUCAUAUAAGAGAAAAAUCUAUCUAACUCUCAGUGAGCUCCAUAGGGCAGCACAGCUUUCCAUCUUCUCUUUCGCCUUCUUGCCUCUGCCCACCACAGUCCUGAAGAAUGCACACGCACACGUGAUCUGUACCCAUCCCGGCCGAAGAGUCAUAGAAUCCUCUUCUUUCACUUGUUUCUUUUUUCUUCGUUUGUUUGUUUUUGUUUGUUUGUUUUUUAAGCUGGGGACCACUGAAGUAAGCUCUAUAUGCACCCAAAGUUCUCCUUGGAAAAAUUUUCAACACGCAGUGCAGAAGGCUCCAGUGCAGCUAAAUGCCACACCAUUGGUUUUACUUGGGGGAAUAGACUGAUUUGCCCUAAAAUGACUCCAACCUGCAUCAUUAAGGUACAGUUGGCUCCAGUGGAUUAGUCCUGAAAUGAUGGGAAGUCUGACACUUGUUGACAUUGUCUUCAUCUGUUUGGAAGGGUUGAAUCUGUUCCUCUCAACAGUGAUAGUUCUUUUCACUGUAUAGUAUUGAGUAUGUCUCAGGGAUUCCUUGUGGAAAUUAGGGCAGUUUUUAAAAUAAGAAAAUAGUUUUAAAAGAAACUAAAGGUGACUCAUCAUUGAAGAGAGCGGAAGAAAGAGGAAACAUUUGGUUUUGUAGCCCACAGUGUCUUGCAUAGGACUUUUUCCUUUCUCCUCCAGGCUCUCAUCUCAGCUUCAGAAUACAGAAUCCUUUCCCAUCAUGCACAGCUUUAAAAUUUUAUUUAAAAAUUUCCUUCCCCGAUGAGCUUUCAGAAUACUUAUUGUAGAUUUUAAGAGAAAAGGUAUAUUAAUUUAUGCUAUUAACAUCACCUCAUAAAUUAUAAGUUUUAUACUAAAGCUGUAUUGAGUGUAAUGAAUUAUGUUGCCUAUGUGUUUAAUAGCUAAAUAUAUAUGAGCUUUUUUUUUUUUUUUUUUUUUUUGACAAAACAAACUAGUGAAGCACCUUUUUACACUGGAUCUCUGCCGUGUCAAGGUGUAUAGCUAUCCUUUGCUACCUUGCAGAUAUAUAAAGUAAAAGGAUAUCCUGGGGCCUCAAAAUGUAGAACACCUUUAGACCAUUUAUAACUGUUCCUAGAACUGUUGAGAAUCAUGUUCUUUAGCAAAUGAUCUGUGGUUUACACUUAAGAUGGCUAGAAGCUUAGUUACAGGGUACAUAGAAAUACAUAGAUCAAGUAAAACUCCAACUACUGUAGCUGGAAUUUGUAAACUAAGUUUGUAAGACCUCUUUUAUUUCCUAUGGAUUUAUUCUUUAAUUUACAGUUUAUUCUGUAAGUUGGGAAGUAAAAUAGAGAAAAUAAUAAGUCUAGAUGUUCUCAGUGUCUUAUUCAGGAACUUUUUAUCCCUCCUCACUAAGGAAUUCCCACUGUGACUUUAAAAUAGAAUUAAAUUACUCGUGUGCAUGUAUAUGUCUGUAUUUUUUACACACAUGCAAAAAUAUACAUUGGGGGCACGUGUGUGAGAGAUAUGAAUGUGUGCUUAUAUAAAAAUAGAUAAAGGUAACCGAAUGUAUUGUAGAAACAUGAUUUAUUUAGUUGAGGGUAUUGGAGUUACUUUCUCAUUGUCUCUGUUGUAUAAAUACACCAAAUUAAUCAUUAUGUUAUCUUAUGUUAAAAGGCUAGCUCUGAUAUCAUGUGCAUUUUAUGUUAACCUUUGGAUUAACUUAUAUUAUGCUAUGUUCAUAAAAUGACAUGAGAAACAGGAGGUUCUAAGAUCAGCCUCUCACUUUCGAGCAUAAAAAUAAGAGAGAGAGACAGACAGCCCCAGACAUGAGCUGUGUUUAUCUAUUGUGGUGAUGGGACCAGAGAUCUAUUGAACCUUUUUUAUGUUAAUUAUAGAUUUCUUUAUAUUUGAGUAAGAAAAUAUUGUUGAUCAUCUUUUCUUGGUGAAGUUAAGAAAAAGUAUAGGCCUUUCAUAAAGAAUUUUUGGAAGGGGCUGCUUUGUUUAAGGAGUUGGUGGGAUCAUUUCACCGUGCAUAUUUCAAAGCUGGGGUGAUUUCAUUUAUUUCCAAAAUUUUUCAAAAAACUUUUGCUUAGUUCUGCUGUUAUUUAUUAACUUAAGAGUGCUCCCAUCCCCAUAUUUUAGCUAUAGGAAAAAUUGUGCUACCCCUGAUUCAUAUGGAAUUAAAAAAAAUACAUCCCUUUAUUUUGAGUUUUAAGUUGUUAUUUUGCUAUACACUUAUUACUGGAGUAUCUGGUGGUCUGAAAUAGUCAAAAUUAGAGUUGUUAUUAAAUGUUCCAAUGACAUUUAUUUUUAAUACUUAAAAAAUCAUGUACUUUGAAAUAUGUCAAAGCAACUUCUGAUAAUAUACCUGAAUUUGUAGUUGUCUCUUGAGCAUCAUUUACUUCAUCUUAGAUAUAGUGAAGACCUAGGAAAGCUCUAUAUGCUGUUCUUUUCUACAGUUGUAUUUUUGCAGCAUCUCCUGGUUUCAUUCACUCUUGUUUUGGGAUUUUUUUUUUAAAUCUGCAUAUUUCUUGUACAUAUGCAUGCAAAUGAAAGAAGGGAGUUUGUACUGGUGCCAUUUCUCCCUUCAGUUGCUGGUUAAUGGGAUUUGCUAGAAAAAAUUCUCCCGGUUGAAGGGUGAAAACAGACCCUUAUGUGUAUAUCUGUACAGAGAUGUGUAUAUGGGAUGUGGUGGCACUUUGCUGAAUGUGAACUUGCCUUGUCAAUGGAAAGAUUGAAAAAUAUUAUGUUUAUUUAUACAUUUGUAUAAAUCUAUAUAUACACGUAUGUAUAUGUGUGUGUAUAGAUAAAGCUAUAUACAUAUAUUUCCCUUAAAAAUGUGUGUGUAUAAUAGGUAAACAGCCUUUGUUAAGCAAGAUUAAUGUCUAUGGAAAGUUCUGGAUUAUUCUGUAAGCCAGAGGAGGUGACAGUCUAGAGUACAUCAUCAGAACAUACUAAAGUGGAAGUCCUUUGGAUUAUAGUCUUGUUUAUGGAUAUUACACAAUGAAUGCUGGUCUGAACAGUUCUUACUUGCCAGUUCCACUAUUCUUCAUCUUCACCACCUUCUACUGGUCAGUCUCUCAUCACUUUAAAAAAAAAAAAAAUCACACAUCAUUGUGGUUUUUUUCCCCUUAGUUCUGUCUCUUCUAGCCAGAAGCAUUUGGCUUAAGCAUAUUUCAUCAACUUCUCUGUUAUUUCUUUUAAAGAUCUUUGUCUCUGAAAUUUUCCCAGAAGAUACAAGUUUUGGUAAUAUUAUCAAUAGGAAUUUUGAGACUUGGGCAUUCAUCUUUGUCUCAAAAACAAACAGAAAGCCAACCUUCAAAUAAAACAAAUUUGAAAGUUUUACCUCAAUAAUUUGGGGACAUUUUACUUAAAUUACAAAAGAACAUAAUUAUGAUUUUAUGAUUGAUAUUAGUGUUAGGUUUAUUUCCACACUUACUGUCAUUAAUUUGUCAUUUACAUAUUUUUAUUUGCUUUGUAGUUUAAUCAUAACUUCACCAUUUACAUUUUAAUGGAAAGCAUACAAGGUCCAUGUAAGCCUCUUGAAUUCUGUAACUAACUAAUUUUUCUCAUGAUGAAACUGCUUUGAUGAAUUCCUGUGUGAUGAAUUCUGCUAUAUUUUCUUUUGACUUUUCUCAGUUUGUGACAUUCUGUAUUUGCUGCAGCUCUCUAGAAAACUUGCAUCCCUAUAUAUUGUGCCUUUAAAGCUCUUAUGCACACACAGACAAAAGUGUAUAUAUACAUGUCAGAGCAUGUGUACAUAUGCUUUCGUAUGUACUCACACAGUAUGUCUCUAGUAUAUAUUGUGGGAGUAGAUAUAUAGAUAUUCAAAGGCAAUGAAAUAUUGCUCUCUAGAUAUAUAUGUAUAUAAAUAGUGUUGAUAUAACUGUAUAUACACAUGUAUAUGUAUGAGUUUUAAAUGGCAAUCUUUUACAUUUAGCAAAAUGCUGCCCCUACUGGAAUAUUGUCACUGCAGUGGCAGUUGUAUGUAAUGAUUUAAAAUACAUUAUCAAAAGUUAUUUAAAGAACAUUUAAAGUCUCAUCUAAAGACAUCCACACACUAUUUAUUUAUCUUCCUUUUCCUUCUAUUGUUGUGUUUUUCUUAAUUGAAAGGGAGACUGUCAUUUUAAAAAUGCUAUCUGUCCCAUGAGAGUAAGAAAGAGCUGGAGAUUCACUUGAGGAGCUUUGUGCAUUUUUCCUCUCUCUGAAGUGGAGAUGUUCCACAGACCAGACUGUUUAUUUCACUUAUAAAGCAAUCCUAGUAUUUCCAUUAGUGUAUGUCAGCCACCAUCUCCUAGAUCAACUUAAUUCACCAAUUUGCCUCCUCCUUUCAUUAAUAAAUAAUGAUUAUUGAGAUCAUUUUGCCUGGGGGAAGUUAACUACUCUCAUGCUGCAGGGAAAUAUAUCACCUAAUUGUUAUUUUGCCUUGUUCAAAAUUCAAAUUUGAAAGAAGGCAGCUCUCUCGUGAAGCUGUCUUAAGCACAUUUUAGUUAAGGGCCCUCCCAGACUCUUUUUUCUUUCUUUCUUUCUUUUUUUUUUUUUUUUUUUUUUUUGCGAGUUCCAAGUUGCAUGUGCUUGAAAUAGAUUUAAUUCUUAUUCCCCACAGUUUCAGGUAUUUUUCAUUAGUACAUCAAUUUGACACACUGAAUGCAAGACUAUUAAGGAAGAACUAUUAAAUACUAUUUUAUUUUGUGAAGAGUUGGCAGCAGAUUACAUCUCAAGAACUUGCAGAGAGAGGAAGGUAGAUGGACAAUCCUAAAUUGUAAGAUGUUACAAAAAACAGUGAAGUAAGAGUACUCCUGAAGACUAAAAUAGAGAGGCUGGGGUUUGAGCCGUUUUACUGAGUAGCUUAGCUGGAACCUGAUAUCAGAAGUAGCCUUUAACAAAAAGCCUCUUGGCAAUUGUAUGGUACUAACAACUAGAGUACUGAAGUGUAAGUUGAAACCAAGUUGCAGUGGGAAAUCAAAGGUGAGGUAGCUUAUUUGAAACCAGCAAAUGAGACAGGUUGGACAGUUUUAAAAUCUCUUCUAACAAAGAAACUGCACGGUAGCAAGGACUAGCGGUUCUCAAAGCCCUUCUUUUUCAGUGUUCUCAUUCACCUUGGCACACAAGUAUGUUUAACAGGCCAUGCAUUAAAAAUAAAUACAAAAAUAUAAAAGCCGCUUAAAGGGAACUUACAAACUGAGAAUCUCUCCUCUUUAUUUGUGUUCAUAGUGGCUACGAGUUUAAUUAUAUGCACAAAAGUUAGGAGCCACUUGUUUCUGCACAGACUGUAGGAGCAAGAUAAGGAGAUGGGCAGGUUUUGGUAAGAGCCCCCAGUUCUGAUGGAGAGGCAUACUUGUGGCAUUGGGUGCGGCAUUGCUGGGGGAGACCACGUUUUGGGAGGCGACUGACUUUUGGUUUGUAAUUUCCCUUUAAACAAGAAGAGAUGGCUCACAUUUUCCAUAUAUAUCUCAAUGAAUGUACUGUAUUACUGUUUUAAAAAUUUGAUGAAAUAAUAAUGAAUUGGUCUCCUUUUGUUAUCUGGUCCUUGUUUAAUUUGUUUAAGGGUUUUUGUAUACAAAAGUUUACAUUUUUAUGUAUAUUUUUCUUGUGUAAAAACUGAUGUAAUAUGUGUAUGAAACACUGUAUGUAUUAUCUGUAUAUAGUGUGACAAAAUCAUUUUUCUUUCUUUCUUUUGGAUGUAUUAAUAAAUCUUGCUGUGAAGUA